AUGUCUCUCAAGAUGGGUGCUGAAAUGAGACAAUAUGUUUUAUCAAUACUGCCUCAUCUCAUACGAGUAAUGAAUCAAAAGGAUGGCCAGCGAACUUUGUUGGAAAACACUGCGAUUACGAUUGGUCGUCUGGGAACAUACUGUGCCGAAGAAGUUGCUCCUCAUCUGGUGACUUUCAUCAGGCCUGCCUGCUUCAGCCUGCGGAAUAUCAGAGACAAUGCGGAAAAAGAAAGCGCUUUCCGAGGAAUUUGUUAUAUGAUCAAUUUGAAUCCGUCCGGAGUGGUUAACGAUUUCGUUUUCCUGUGUGAUGCGAUUGCCUCUUGGACGGCACCGAAGCCCGAGCUGAAAGAGAUGUUUUCGCGGAUCCUGAACGGUUUUCGAACUCAAGUCGGCAUUGAAAACUGGACGGCGUUCACAGCUCAAUUUCCUCCUCCACUACGGGAACGUCUUGCUGCACAAUACAACGUUUGA